AUGUCACUACGCAAAACGCCACCUGUUAAUGCUGUCAAUGAUGAUCUGAAAGCACAAACUGAAGGUACCAUGAAAUGGUGUCAACAGCUGAAAGAACAGGUGACUAUCAUGGAGAAUCGCAUUCGAUCGAACAAUGCUAGGGGCCGUUCUGUAUUGAAUGACACUGCCAUACAAGGGCUAUUUUCCACUCUUACUGAAUUCCAUUCGCAAGUAUUGGGUGCACUUACGAAGUUGGAGGAAGAAAGAACCUAUUACGAGUCACUACAAGACCAUCUUGGUCAUAUCAGUGAGGCUCGUUUAGCUAUUGAUGAACUUCGGUCUGAGCAUGAAAGAAGACGUCAAGAACGUCUUGCAGAAGAACAGAGAAUGCGUCAAGCACAAAUGAAACAAACAUUGGAAAUGAUGCGUAUGAAGAAACACGCAAUGCUUAUGGAACAGCGUAACAUGGCUUUGCAAUGUUUUCAGAACCAGGAAAUGCAAGCACGACGGAAUCAGGUGUGUCUUUGCUGA